UCAAACUUGGUCAAUUUAAAACACUUGGACUUGUCAAUAAAUAACAACAUCGGCAAAAUUGAAAAUUUAUCUUCCUUGGUCAACUUGGAAUACUUGAAUUUAUCAAGAAACAAUAUCCAAUCUAUUGAAAAUUUAUCACACUUGACUCGUUUAAAACAUUUAGAUCUAUCCGAUAACAAUAUCUCACUGAUCCAAAAUUUAGCACAUUUGACUAAUCUAAAACAUUUAGAUUUGGCUCUAAAUCUGAUAUACCAAAUCGAAAACAUAUCUUCCUUAUCACACUUGCGUCAUUUGAAUCUAUCCUACAAUACAAUUGAAAAAAUUGAAAACCUAUCUACUCUAGUUCACUUGAAUUAUCUAGACUUGUCAAUUAACAAAAUCCACAGAAUUGAAAACCUAUCCACCUUAAAUAACCUACUCUACUUGGAUCUAUCAAAUAAUGAAAUAAGCACAAUUGAAAAUGUGUCCGAUUUAGUCAAUCUACAGUGUUUGAAUUUGUCCUUUAGUAACAAUCUUAAAAUUCAAAAUUUAUCCAACUUGGUUAAUUUGCAUUUUUUAAAAUUGUCCGAUAGCCAAAUCUCCAAAAUCGAAAAUUUAUCAUCCUUAUCCAACCUAGUCCAUUUGAACUUGAGUUAUAACAAUAUAUCCAAGAUCGAAAACUUAUCAAGUCUAACUAAUCUAUCCUAUUUAGAUUUGUCCUUCAAUGAGAUUUCGGAUACUCAAAACCUAUCAACCCUAUCAAACUUAUCAAAUUUACCAAAUCUCAAAAGUAUAUAUGUAUCAAAUAACAAGUUAUUUCAACUCGACAAUAAAUCUAGUCAAUAUGUUCAAUACAAUCAGCACAAUCCAUUAGAUCUAUUUGAAGUAAUCAAUUCUUGA